AUGAUUUUGCAGAGGUCCAGGAUUCAGGUGUGGCUCUAUGAACAGGUGAACAUGCGGAUAGAAGGCUGUAUCAUUGGUUUUGAUGAAUACAUGAACCUGGUUCUGGAUGAUGCAGAGGAGAUACACUCAAAAACAAAAGCAAGGAAACAGCUGGGUCGGAUCAUGUUAAAGGGGGACAAUAUUACUCUUCUACAAAGUGUUUCUAACUAGAACUUGUCAUUCAGAGGGUGGAAUGCACUAAAGAGUGUUCCAAACUAGAAUUUUCAGUUAAUGUGUGGGGUGGACUAAACAUUAUUAUAAACAAGAGUCACUGUGCUGGGAAAGUGGAUGGCGUUUUGAAAAUAAAAACUCCAAAUGAGCCUGAUUUGAAAAGAGUAAAAACUUAGCUGAUAUCUUUCCCUACCUUUGAUAGUAACAUUUUUUACAUUGCAGUACUUAAAAAUUGUAACUGUGAACUUAAAUUUAUUUGAUCUCAUGCCUACAUCCCUCCCUCACUGUUUUUGUUGGGGGAAAAUAUGUAAUCUGAAAUAAACCUUUUUUCUUAAAA